UCUUCAGCACUGAUAGUGACAGACAGCGAAGGGACGACAGUUUAAAAACAAAGUUGACCAAACGUAUCGGAGAAACUGAUCAUGAAGGGCCUUCUAGACGUUGUCUUAUAGUGUAAUUUUUAUCUCAGCGGCUGUUGCUCUCGAGAGUUUCAGUGAGACGCUGCGCGUUCACAGAUUGAACAGCAUCACUGAUGCGCUUUACGGGAAAUGUGCUUUUUUAGUAUCUAGCCUAUUGUUUAGGGUUCAUAAACGUUGGACUGGAAGAAAGGUUGAUGGGACAUAUCAGAGACAACCCCUGUUGCCAAAAUGAGCGUCUAUUCUCACAAAUGGCGGAUUUUGCAGAUAUUCUUGACAACUGUAUUCACGACUGUAGUCACGCAAGCAGAUCUGGAAAGCCAGGAGAUCUCUGACGCCACCAAAUCCUCCACGUCGUAUCCCACGUUUCUUCCUGUUAGUUACAAGGUGUUGGAUGCUGAAUACUUCCUGUUAAAAGAGGCAGGACAGGACAUCAUGAGGAAUUCCAGCAUGCAGAGUAACACACAGCCCAUUGUCGUUCUCCGGCCAGAGCGUCUCCCGGUGAUCAAUGCCAGCUACGGUCCCUUCUCCACAAAACAGGAGAUCCCCUUAGACUUACUGCAGUCAGUGGAGAUAUUUCGACCUUCACCGGCAGUUUUCGCCCUCAACUGGAGAGUACAGUCUUUUGUGUUGACCCGCUGGGUCUAUUCAUCUUCUCCCAAAUUGCGAGUUCUCUUCUAUGUGGCUGGGAGAGACUGGGACAGGGAAGAGAAGGUAAGAGGGUGUAAAGAUGAGCUGCCUUGUGUGACUGUUUACUCCUUCUGGCAGACACAGGAAGUCCGCGGUUCCUGCCUCAUUGGGAACAAGCGUGGGACAUGUAUGGCCGAGGUCGACCUUCCCACGGGCUGGUUCAGCCGAGCUGAGGGCCGAUCAAGUCGGGAAAGAUUUGGGCCGACCCAGGGGAACCCUGUGGAGCUUUACUACCAAGCUCGACCCAGCGCCUUCGGGCCAUGUCCUGGGAGUGGGGAAGAUGGGAAGAGGUGGGACAGUGAUAAUUCCAGGCAGCCUCAAGCUGAAUACAUAGCUGUGACCCCCAUGCAAAGAAUCGGGAGUGUGCGCCUCCUGCAGGUCAAAACAGGGGCCACGCCAAUGUCUGUGCUCAGACUAGAGGAGACUGUGGUUAUCCAGACCUCCUCCAAACCGCUAAAGAGAAAUGAUAUUGCAUCUUUUAGCAUUUAUAUGAGGAGCUCGGCCAACUUGGAUACCUUCUCCAUCAGGGCCAUGGUAAAAAAGGGUGUGUCUUUUCGCAAAGCUACACCUAGCAACAUCUUGCUGUGGGACGUCACCCUGGAUACAGGCCCGGAUGGAAGCGCUGGAGUUAUCUGUCAGAGAAAGUCUAAUGCAACUGGAAAACGACUAGGAAAACUACAAGCAAUUCUACAGAUGGAUUUUGAAGUGGAGGAAGUCAGCAGUCAGUCUGAGAUUCAGGUGAUAAAGUGGGAGUUGACGCUUCCCGAUGAUGUCAGAAAGAUGGGCUUGUCAGAGGGCAUCAUGCGGAUCUACACAACUCAGAGGGACUUCGUAGGCUUGGCUCCUCUAGUUAUGGAAACAGAGCUGUUGAACACUGCUGUGCUGACCGGUAAGAGAGUUACGGUGGGAGUGAGAACCGUUGCUGUGGAACAGGACGGUUCUGUGAUGGACGUCUCUGACAUUACUGACUGCAGCUCCACAGAUGAAGAUGUACUGAAGGUGUCCGACAGAUGUGACUUUGUCUACGUGAAUGGAAAAGAAACCCAGGGGCGACUAAGGGCAUUGGUGAACUUCACCUACAGUUACCUGAGUGCUCAGCUGGAGAUGAAGGUUUGGUUUCCACGUCUUCCGCUGGAUAUAGAAGUGUCUGAUACAGAGCUCAGUCAGAUCAAGAGCUGGAGAAUCCCUAUCAUUUCUACAAAGAGUAAAGCAGGCUGGAGCAGUGAGGAGGAGCGUAAGGGCCGAGGAUGUAUGCUGCAGUUCCAGCACGCUCUGGUUCGAGUCUUCACUCACUUUGUGGCGAAGCCGUCAGACCCUCGGGAGCCCCAAGCCUUCUUCCUUGGCUCUGACUGGCAGGUGGAUGUGACCAAGCUGGUGCGGUACUUUUUAAAGGUGGAGAACCCUAAUAUUGCCCACCUGCAGGGGGGCAGGGUUCUGUCUGGAAAAGAUGUGGGCACCACUUCUUUAAAGAUUCUGUCUCCGCUGUCUGACUCUAUACUGGCAGAGAAGACAGUGAGGGUUGUGGAUGAUCGAGUGACCAUCACUGAGCUGGGCCUGCAGUUGGUCAGCGGUCUCACGCUCAGUCUGCAGCUCAGCACAGGAAGCAACAGAGCCAUCAGCGCCACGGCGACCACACAGGAAGUGCUCAGCAAUCCCAAACAGGAUGCAGUACUGAGCUCCUGGAUUAAGUUUAGCGAUGGCUCCCUCACCCCCCUGGAUAUUUAUGAUCCUACUCACUUCCGCCUGACUGUGACAUCACUGAAUGAGGGUGUAAUCUCUGUCAGGGAUUCACCUUUGACUGUUGUAGCAGAAGGUAAAGGUCAAGGAGCGCUGGUGAGAGCCGAGAUGACCAUUUGUGAGGUGUGUCAAAAAUCCAAACGCAAAAGCACUCUAGCUGUGGGCACCGGCAGCGUUACCGUAAAGUUCCAGACGAACAGUGAACGUCCUGAAAACGGCAGCAUUAACAAUAACAUCAUCAGCAAUGUUACAAAUGCUACGGGAGGCAGCGUAGGACCAUCUCCUGGUGGGAUUGUGAUCAGAAGUGAGAGUGGAAAAGGAGAGGGGGUGGACACUGAGAAGAAGAAAGAGCAGCCUGAACAAGUUCCAAGCAGAAGUUCAGAGUCCGAGCGAGAGGAAAGCGUUUUGACCACAGCGCAAGACUCGACUGUGGGGAGCAUUGCAAAUGAUCUGGGAAUGGGGCGAGCUGAUGAUGCCUCGGCCGGAGUGAGCAAACCUGGGAAUAUUGUGAACACCGGCGAUCUCUUGAGUGCGGGAAAAGCAGACGCUGAUGGCCGUGCAAGAACUUCUUGGAAUACUAAUGAGGUUCCGGAGAUCUCUAUGGUAAGCACUGGAAAAGCUUCUGGGAACUUGGUGAAUUUCCCUCCAAAGGAGGAAACACUCAAUCCGAAACCCCCAAACAAUGACUAUGGAGACGAUGAGGAUGACGGUAUUGAUGGACCACUCUUAAACCGUCCUCUUACAGACCUCGAGAUCGGGAUGUACGCUUUACUCGCCGUCUUCUGCCUGGCCAUCGUAGUAUUCCUGAUAAACUGCCUGUCAUAUCUGGUCAAGUUUCGGAACAAGCACACACCCCCUCAGGUUUCCGAGCACCCUGGCCAUCGACAUGACUGGAUAUGGUUGGGAACAGAUGCCGAGCUGGUUAUGAAUGUCACUGGAAGCCCAGUGCAGCAGGACACUCACGACACGGCUGUGAUAGACAUUGCUCCGAGCACUGAACCGGUAGGCACACUUACACGAAGGACCUCCUGUCAGGUGUCUUCAGUGUCCAAUGACUCUGGUGUUGGGAGCGUAGGAUCGCUUAGAGCAAAACCAAUAAGAAUAGAGUCCCUACACUCACCCACUAGCAAGAGGAAGAGGGUCCAGUUUACCACCUUUACAUCCCUAGAUAGACAAAAUUCACCCAAGACAUCACCAUUAGAGAAUGAACAUGGCAUUAACUGGGUGGGCAAAGAGGAGCAUUGUAGCCCACCUGAGAUACCAGCUGUUGAGUCCUUUGAACAGUUGUGAUUGUUGAUUGACAUGCAACUUGAUAUUUGUACCCAUGGUGUCUCUAUGGUCACCUCAAUGCCUUCGGGACGAAGUUGCUAAAUUGCUGAUGUUUUAUUUGUGAAUGGGCCUAUAUGAUGAUGAAUUCUGUAUUGCAAAAGGAGGAUACACAGUCAUCUUGAGGUGACCUGCCAAGUUUCUCUUUCUCAACAGGCUAUGUUGAAGGAUUUAAAGAAUAAAUUAUCAGUUUGACACUUGGAUGACACAAACUAUAAUCCACUGUAAAACAGUUAUAAUCUACAGUUUAUUACAUAAUCCUUUUUUUUAUACAAAAUCACAUGGGAGUUCACUUUGUAUGAUAUUUUGCCAU